ACCUCAAAACAACAAGAAAUACUAUAUCUCUCCCCUUCCAAGCUAACUUCACCUUUAUCAGUACCUUUCUCUGAUCCUAAAAGAAAGUGAUCAGGCUUCUGGCCGCCAGUCCUAUUCGCAAUACUCAUCAUCAAUCUUAGCUGAAAAACCACCACAAUCAUGAAGCAAACGGUGGUGAUCAAGGUGGAGAUGGAUGGCCACAAGUCCUUUUUUGGUGAGCUGGAUGGACAAAAAGUCCGUUCCAAAGCCUUGAAGAUUGCAGUCGGCAUUUCAGGGGUGGUGUCGGCAUCUUUAAAAGGAGACGAAAAGAACCAAAUAGAAGUAAAAGGAGAAAUGAUUGAUACAAUAAAACUUACAAAAUUACUCAGGAAGAAAGUGGGAUUUGCAGAAAUAAUUACUGUAGCAGAAGACAAGAAAGAAGAAAAGAAAGAAGAACCGAAAGUAGAAUAUAAGGCGUGGCCUUAUAAUUAUAUACCUUCCUACUCCUCAUAUCCUUUCUAUACGCCGUCAGGAAUUACAUAUUACUGAUCUCAAUAGUGAUAUGAGCUAAUAGUGGAUAAAUUUCAAUAUUAUAAGUGCAUGAGUAUUUGUUGCUGAGACAAUUAAUUAAGAACUUAGCUGUAAUCUAUCUUGUGGACAUGACCGAGGUGCCUGAUUUCAACGAAAUGGACGUAAGAGCUCAUGUAGGACCCAUCCACAUUCAUGAUGUUCUUCUUCCAAAACAUGAUUGACCUUGGCACUGGAAACAACAAGAAGAUUAACUGGGCUAUGAAGGACAAGCAAGAGUCCAUGUAUAAUUUAUAAACCACUUUCAGGUUGAAUAAACACUAUGUAUCCUUGUUGUGAUAUUGUCAAAAGUUGGGCUUGUAGACUGUA